GCAAAAGAUAGAAUUGUCUUGUCUCAAACUGGCUGUUUGUCUUUGCGAGCCUUCUGUGUUUACGUACACAACACGUCAUUUCUCGGAGAGAGUCGAAGGAGAGUCUGUCAGACUGUCAGUGUCUCGUUCAGGCAGAAAUAAAAGAAAUGAGCAUCAAGAGAAUUUAAUUAUUAAAGUUGUAAAAUAUAAUGUUCUUUAUGAUGCUAGUGCCUUGUUAUAAAGAUAAUAAAAAGACGUCAUGAGGUAAGAAAUAACAACAAUUGGAAAUUGAUGUAAACUCACGGUAAUGGCCACACUCCCACUACUCUGUAAACCCAGGAUUGUGAUAGUUGGUGCUGGGAUUUCUGGACUGGCAGCAGCUGCCUUGUUAGUAAAUAAUGGAUUUCGAAAUGUCACUGUUCUGGAAGCUAUGGACAGGCCAGGAGGUCGAAUCCAUACAACUAAGCCUUUUGGGACAAAUGUAAUUGAGCUGGGUGCUAAUUGGAUUCAUGGCCAGGAGGGAAACCCCAUCUAUCAGUUGGCCAAAGAACAUGGCUUGCUGGCUGAAGAGGGAAAUAGCAUUACCAUGUGUGUUCCUUCAUCAAUAACAUGUCAAGAUUAUUUCUUCAACCAAAAUGGAAAGCAGCUCCCUACAGAACAAGUUGAGCAAGUGUGCUGUUAUUUUAGUAAAUUGAUGUCAAAAGCAUUUGAUCACAAGUUGGAUGUGAAGUAUGAUUUAAGAAGUCUUGGAGGUUACCUAGAUGAGGAGUUCAAGGCCUCUGAUUUGGCCUCCUCAGAAGAUGCCCGAAGAGUUUUUGAGUGGUGCAAGCGGAGCGAGUGUACAGACGAAGCCUGCUCCUCUCUGUAUGAGUUCUCAGCUGGUCAGCUGUGGCUAUACACUGCAUUAGAAGGAGGCUUCUUUAACUCUAUGGGACCAGGAGGCUACCAAGCUUUAUUGGAUGUGUUUCUAAAAAGUCUUUCUCCAGGCGUCCUCUUGUGUAACAAACCAGUAAAGUGCAUCCAGUGGGGUCUGUCUGAAACAACUAGCUCUUUUCAGGGUGCCUGUCCAGUCAGGGUGCUUUGUGAAGAUGGUCAGCAGCUAGAAGCAGAUCACGUCAUUGUGACGGCCUCCCUUGGCUACCUGCAGGACAACUACUCCACAAUGUUUAAGCCUGUGUUACCAGAAGAAAAGAUAAGGGCUAUUGAGAGACUGGGGUUUGGGGUGGUUAGCAAAAUCUUCUUGGAGUUUGAGAAGAGAUUCUGGCCACAGGACUGUGCCGGGAUUCAGCUGGUUUGGGAGGAAGGGCCAGAGGACAGGGAGGUUUACAAGUCAUCUUUGGGUGAUGAGGGCUGGAAGGACAAGUGGUAUAAGAAGAUCUGUGGUUUUGACAUGGUGGCUCGCCAUCCCAAUGUUCUUUGUGGCUGGAUUACAGGAAGGGAAGCAGAGCACAUGGAGGCUCUCAAAGAGGAGACUGUUGGGGAGGUUUGUGUGAGGUUACUGAGAUCCUUCACUGGCUGGGACGUUCCUGACCCUCUUCAUGUGCUGAUGUCCCAGUGGAGGCAGCAUCCUUAUGUCCGAGGCGCCUACACCUAUAUCCCUCUUGGGGUGGAUGCAAAGAGAGAGCAAGAGGCCUUAGCAGAACCUCUGCCACCUGAAUCCUGUGAUUCAAUUCCAAAGCCUCUGCAGGUGCUUUUUGCUGGGGAAGCAACACAUGUCAAGUUCUACACCACCACCCAUGGCGCUUAUCUUACAGGAGUACGGGAAGCCCAGAGGAUCAUACAGCAUUAUAGCCUAAAUGGAGAAAAAUCUGCUUAGACUAAUAAUCUUCACAGAUCUCAAUUAAAGCAUUUCUGUGACCUCACCUUUAUAUCUUUUGAUUGAUUAAUUCCACAAAUCUUCUGGAUAAAAGUGCCCCCAAUCCAACUGAAAAUGGAGGAAAGGCAAAUCACAAAGAAGAAGGAGAAAUGCUGCAGUAAGCACCACAAGGCCUGUCUCUCACCACAACAGAGAAACACAUUGUCUUUUAUAUGCAGGGUUGGGCAAAAUAAACAAUUACUGUUCUAACCACCUUUUAUUUUUUUGCUGUCAAGAUGCAGUUUUAAAAUAAAUAACAAUUUUCAACACCAGAAAGUUUCUUUGUGGGGGUGUAGGGGGAGUAUUUCUAUAGC